GGUGAUGGAUAGGGCGAGGCGUUGCCGGGGAAGUUAGUGGGUCAAGGCGGAACCUAACAGAGCUUCCUGGCUGUCGCCUAACUAUGGCGGGUGCUCGUGCUGGUACUGCAGUCCCCGUGUGGCUGAGCGAGGACGACCUGAGCUGCAUUAUCUGCCAAGGGCUGCUAAACUGGCCCACCACGCUGCUCUGUGGCCACAGCUUCUGUCUCCGUUGCCUCCACGGCCUGUGGUUAACGAAUCGCGCGGGCGUGGAUGGCUGCCGUUGGCCUUGCCCCAUAUGCCGGAAGGGCCCUUCUACGAGGCCCUCGCUGUACAAGAACCCGCUGCUGCAAGACCUGGUGGACAAGUACCUCCAAGCGGCGGAUGAGCUCGAGCCUGGCCCCGAACGUGAGCCCGCCCCCGCACCGCGUUCCCAGUGUGAACCCACGCCGCCCCAGGUGGCAGUACAGAAAAGCACCACAAAAGUUAUCCAGGACUUGACUGAAAUGGCGAGACAGCUUGUAGACAUUGCCAAGAGCCUUCAAACGCAGAGACCUACCUUGGGAUCUGGACUGGACAAUGCACUAGGCAUCCUGCACACGGAUCCUUCCUCUGAGGAUGAACAUUCCUUGGAUUCUCCAAAGCCAGAGACUUUCAGUGCAUCUCAGAAGAAAAUUCAGGAGAUUCUCCAUAACCUAGAAGAAAUCCAGGAAAAACUGCAAGGGAGUAUCCUGUGGAAAGUACCUCCUAGAGAACACGUUCAGGAAAUGACAUCUUCCUUAUGCCUGCUGCCUGACCAGAGGUGUCCUGUACCCAGGAAAGCUUCUCACUUUUCCCUAUGGGCCAUCAGUCCAACCUUUGACCUGAGGAGUAUGUCCUGUAACCUGGAGGUUUCCAACAAUUGCCGGAGGGUGACUGUGUCUCCUAGUCUGCAAGUCUAUCCUUGGAGUCCCGACAGAUUUUCAAUUAGCCAGGUCUUAUGUUCUCAGGCCCUCUCUUCUGGACAGAAUUACUGGGAAGUGGACACUAGGAACUGCAGCCACUGGGCUGUGGGGGUGGCUUCUUGGGGUAUGAAGCGGGACGGGAUGCUGGGAAGGACUAUGGACUCCUGGUGUAUAGAGUGGAGAGGGCCUGGCCAAUUCUCUGCUUGGACCAUGAUGAAGAAAACAGACUUGCACUCAGGCCUCCCUGAGGUUGUGGGCGUGUGGCUGGACCUUGAGUUGGGGAAGCUUGCCUUCUAUUCAGUGGCUAAUCAGGAGAGGCUACUGUAUGAGUGUGAGGUCUCCAGCCCCUCUCCUCUGCCUCUGCAUCCUGCCUUUUGGCUCUAUGGCUUAAGUCCUGGAAACUACCUGGAAAUAAAGCAACUAAACAGAUGAAGCUUCCCUAGGGAUUAGGACAGUGGCUUCUUAGCCUCUUCGUUUAUGGGCAACUGGAGAAUUCCACUUAGGGGGAGACUGGAUAUGGUAGUACGUGCCUAUAACUCCAGCACUUGAGAAGUAGAGGCAGGUGAGUCACUCUAAGUUUGAGGCCAGCAUGGACAAUAAAGAGAGUUCAAGGCCAGCUUGGACUAUAUGAUAUGACUGCCCAAUUUUAAAGUUAUUCUUUUUUGGGGUGGGAUAGGAUUAACUAAACAGGUUUGAAUUCUUUAUACCUUGGGCAUUUUCAGAGAAAGAGCUGGUCUAGAGUAAUCCCUCACAGUGACCUCUGAGGCCUCAGAAUAGCCUGCCUAAUAAGAAGGACUUCGGACCGCUCUCUGUAGCCUCAUCUGGGACUGUUGGUUCAAUCAGCAUGUGGCCAACGAGGCACACCUACAUGACUGACCCCAGCUAAAAGCCUAACCCAACAGCAUAGCUGGGUGAACAUCUCUAGCUAGCAUAUGCUAUGUGUGUCCUUUUAUACCUCUGUUGGAAGGGUGGAGCGCUAUCCUAUGACUGUAAGAGGGAGUGCUCCUCUACCCUACCUCGCGUGCCUUUUUCUACUGUUCAUUUUAUUCUGUGGCCUUUUAGUUUAAUAAACUGAAAUCAUGUCUGUCAAAA